GAUUGUGUGACCAAUAUUAUUGGUUCCAAUAGAUUGUGUGACCAAUAUUAUUGGUUCCAAUAGAUUGGGUGACCAAUAUUAUUGGGACCCAAUAUAUUGUAUUGGUGCAUGCCUAAAAGGAACCGAUAAUAAAUCAAAAUGUCAUUACAAUAAAUCCGUUGUGCCGCGGCAGAGAGAACAGCAAGAAUUUUGAAAUGCUCCUCAAAGUAAAUAAAUCGGAAUCCAAAAUUGAUUAAAUAUUGAAUUUUCUUAAAUUUCUGAUUUUUUUUGCUGAGCUUUAUUAUUAUGCUAUAAUUGACAUUUCUUUAAUGAAAUACUCGUGCUUUAUUUUUUAUUUUUCGUUCAUGAUGGUGACCUAGUCAAAAUUUUUCAUUUAGUUUUUUGUUAUUAUCAUUGUCAAUUUAACAUCUAGGACAUGAAAUAAAUUUGAUUAAAAAUUUGAUAAAUUAUUUGAACUGAGUAUAUUUGCUAUUUUACCAGUUUCGUUUACGUAUGCAGAAAAAUACGUACAUUUCAAUGGCGUAUGUAUUUCAUAUGUAAUGCAAUAAAUUGAUUAAAUAUUUGUUAAAAAUGAAUAUAAACUAUUUGUAAUCGAUAACUACUCAUUUCUCACUACCAGAUCUUUAAUAGCAUAUUUUCUAUGAAGUAUAAAAUGUUUUACUACUGCUAAUUUUGCUUGAAAUGAAUUUUCAUACGAUAAUUAUUUAAAAAUUUUAAUUUAACUUUUAAUUUUUUAUUUUUAGUGUAACAAUUUUGGAUGCUCGUCCAUUUUUUGGAUUUCAUACACAAUCUGAUGAUAAAGAAUUCAAACAUUUCUUUAUUAUAUAUGUCUGUUUGGCCAUUGUUAAUUCCAUAUUUACAUUGAUACGAGCAUUUACAUUUGCCUAUGGUGGAAUUGAAGCAGCAAGAAAAAUGCAUAAAAUGCUAUUAAAUAGUUUAUUAAAAUGUUCUAUUUCAUUUUUUGAUGUAACACCAAGUGGUCGUAUAUUAAAUCGUUUUUCCAGUGAUACAUGGUGUGUUGAUGAUUCAUUGCCAUUUAUGUUAAAUAUUCUUCUAGCGAAUAUAUUUUCAUUAUUGGGUACACUUGUUUUAUCAAGUUAUGGACUACCAGAAUUCUUAUUUGUUCUUAUACCAUUGGCAAUAUUCUAUUAUUUCAUUCAAAACUAUUAUCGAUGGACAUCACGUGAAAUAAAACGAAUAUCAAGCGUAGCAUUAUCACCAGUUUAUGCUAAUUUUGGUGAAACAUUAGCUGGUUUAACAACAAUUAGAGCAUUUAGACAUGUCAAAAGAUUUGUCGAACAAAAUAUAUCUUUAGUUCGUGAUAGUAUUCGUACUCAGUUUGCCAGUCUUGUUGCUAGUAGCUGGCUUAAUUUUCGUUUACAAUUAAUUGGAAUUGUUAUGGUUGUCGGUGUGUCACUCAUUGGUGUAUUUCAACAUAUUUAUUCUCACUCGAAUCCAUCUCUUGUUGGUUUAUCAUUAUCCUAUAUUCUCUCAGUAACUGGUCUAUUGAAUGGACUAGUAACAUCAUUUACCGAAACGGAAAAAGAAAUGGUUAGUGUUGAACGAGUUACUCAAUACAUUGACGAUUUACCUGAAGAAGAAACUAAAGAACAAACAAAACAAUUACAAAUUGCAUCGGAUGAAUGGUUGAACGUGACAAACAAUGAAGAAGAAAGAGGUUUAUCAAUUGAUUAUAUUGACGUUAGUAUGAAAUAUAAUCAAGAUCAAGCACGGCCAGCAUUAGAUACGCUAUCAUUUCACAUUCGAGCAAAUGAAAAAAUUGGAAUAGUAGGACGAACAGGUUCUGGUAAAAGUAGUUUGUUGGCAACAUUAUUUCGCACAGUGAAUUUAUCUGAAGGAAAAAUUCUUUUGGAUAAUAUUGAUACAACAACGAUAAAUCGAAAAACUUUACGUACAAAAUUGGCAAUUAUUCCUCAAGAUCCAUUUUUAUUCAGUGGUACAAUUCGAGAUAAUCUUGAUCCGUACAAACGUUACUCGGAUGAAGAGAUUUGGGAAAUAUUAAAUAAAUGUCAUUUAUAUGAACUAGUUAGAAAUUUAGCACAAGGUCUUGAUUAUAUGGUUGUUGAACGAGGUCGAAAUCUGAGUGUGGGACAAAAACAAUUAUUUUGUCUGGCACGAGCUCUUUUGUCGAAAUCAAAAGUAUUGUGUUUGGACGAGGCGACCGCAAAUGUUGAUAUGGAAACAGAUUCUCUAAUUCAAAAAUCAAUUCAUGACACAUGUAAAAAUGUAACAGUGCUCACAAUUGCUCAUCGCAUUCAAACAAUAAUGGAUUCGGAUCGUGUUCUUGUCAUGGACCAGGGAAAAAUUAAAGAAUUUGAUAGUCCAAAAAUUCUAAAUUCUGAUUUAAACUCAUAUUUUCAUAAACUAGUUAAGCAAUCACAAUUAGCACUCACGACAAAUCAACAGUGA